AGGAUGUAGAACAUGUCACAAUACAAUUGCAGAGCUUAUUUUACAUACAGAUGUACAUAUAUUUCAGAAUUGUCAACACAAAUACAACUUUAUUUUCACAUACAGUGUUGUCAACAGAGGUAAACCCAUUUACAGAGUAGAAGGAAUGACCAGGAAGUAGAAGUGAAGAAAUGUAGUGCUGCUCUAAUGUCAAAUGUAAUUUGAUGCAAGGUGAAACAUGUCAUGUGUGCCUAAUACAUUAUUGACUUUAAAUGAGGCCUCUGUAAAGAGGAAAAUGUGUAAAAUAUGGAAUGUUCUCCAGGAAACAAACAACAACCUUAUUGCUUGUGACCAGUUGCUGCAACAUUAUUCAAGCAGAGCAAACUCCAAUGAACACUGUAAUCUGCAGAAUGUAUCAACCCAGACAUCAGUGCCAUCAAAAAUUUCCAGCACAACACAGACUUUUGUUCCUUCAUCAGUAAAUGUGGCAUCUCAGAUACUUUCAUCUUGUGUGAACACACCAAUACAUAAGACCACACAGACAACGUCUUUGCAGAAUGAGGUUACUGAUACAGGGACAGUAAAGACAAAAGACAGUAUUACCCAGACACAGUCCGAACAAGAAGCACAAAGUGUGGGACUGCGGACCCAGAGUUGUGUGUGUUCACUAUUGAGCAGUGAAUUUGAACAGAAUAAAUGUUUGAGGUUAUGUCAUGCACAUUAUAAGGCUUUCAGAUCAUGUGGAGAUUGUGAGUUUACAGAAGUGGAAGAUAAUAAGACUACACAGACAACUGACUGGAUGGAUACAAAGAUGUUGCAGAGGCACCAGAAAAUUGUGGAUUGCUUCUCAAGCCUGGAACAGCACUGCCAAGACAUGGAUCUUAGACUGGGGAGCAUGCUUUCACUGUUGGAGACGCUGACAAGAGAGAUGCAGUCAUCAAUAACGAGAGUUUUUGAGCAGAAGACAGGCCAUGAUUACCAGAUUAAAGAAAAUGAAACUAAAUUUGGGGAAGUUUUGGCUACAGAGGAACACAGACAGAGAGCAGAGGUGUUAGAGUCGGUGGUGCAAUCUGGGUAUGCAGAGCAAGAGAUGCAGAUGCUGUAUAGACAUCUGGUGCAACUGGAGGAGACACUCGUUGCAGAGCGUGAUAAUGUGAUACAGCUACAUGAGCGCAGGGCAUAUCUAUCUUCACAGAUAAAGGAUGCCAAGUGCAACCUGGUAGAGGAGCGAGUCAGCAUGGACUCACUGUUCCUUCAAAUGGUUCACCUCAGUCAGAGAAAUUCUUUCCUGAGAGCAAAACUGUCCUAUUCCCGUGCCCAGUACCACUGCCAGCUGACUAAUGCCCGUCAAAUGCUUGGCUGUCGAAAUGCCAAGGUGAAUCAGUUAAGGAGAGCUCUGGUCAAAGUGCGGGAUCUAUGUCACUCUAUUGAUGGUGGAUACCAGACAGUGCUGUGGGAGAUUGGGAAGCAGAUCCAACUAACAGCAGAGCUGAUAGCAAGAGAACAUGGCUUGGAGUGGUCACACAGACCUACAGUCACUACUUUGACUGCAGCAGGUUUAAGAGAGUGGUAUCAGCAAAUACAGCAUACUACCAUGUGGAUCCAGUUGCAUAUACUUUCAUGUCAAAAUGAUAUUCAACAUUCUUCUCAAGAAGAGUGCAAUGUAACUGACAGGAGUAGCAGUGUAUUCCCACCACAGUACAUGGCAAAUCAGAUGUGCUUAUCAUUGACACCCGUGAAGGCAGAUACAUCUAGUCUCCAUGUGGCUGGGAACAAUUCAGAAUUGUCAUUUGACUUGGAGCUGAGUUUGGACAUGAGUAACACAGUGCAACUAGCUGAUAAGCACAAGGCAGAUCUCUGUAGCACUACUUGUUCCAGCCUCAGUCAGGACUUGAGCAGGCAGCGUGAAACACCACAAGACAGAUAUCAUAUGCAGCACAGAUUUCUAACAAUUCUGGACAACUUGAAGGUCAAGUUGCUUCAACUCACCCACAGUAAUGUUCAGGGAUCUAACACAGCUGCGAGCAUUCAGUGAUACACAUGUCUUAAGCCCAGCAAAUGAAGAAUGCAGUGACUGAAAGUGAGGAGAUUGCAAGUUUACGUUGUCAUAAUUUAUCUCAUUGAAUUCAAAGCCUGUAUCAUUCAUGCAGCUCCUCUCGUGCAUGCCCAAACUCCAGUGCGGUGGUGCACCAUCCUUCUGGAAAGUUACAUUACGUUGCUGAGGGAGGGCAAAUUGUUUAAGCAUCUGGUAAAUGUUCCCAGUUACAGUUGGAUCAUUGAAUAAGGGCACAUUAAUUCUGAUAAUUCUGUCUUUCAUCAUUCCACAACAAAGAUUGACCUUUUUGCUGUCCCUGACAUGUUCCUGAACGCUGUGUGGGGUUUUUUGAUCCCCAGAUGCAUAUGUUGCAGCGAUUCACUUUACCACAGGUAUGAAAGGUUGUUUCAUCUGAAAACAUGGUAAUUGGGGUUCUGAUCAAUAUGGUCAAGCAUCUCGAUGGCAAACUGUUGUCAUUGUAGUCAAUCAUUUGACUGGAAGGCCUGCAUAAUUUGGAUUUUGUACUCACCUCGUAAUAAGUAUCAUAUUUCUUACUUGCUUUCUCCUUAGACACUUCAGAGAAAUGCAGUGUGCAUUUCUUGUAUUGGAUUCAUUAUAGUAGAUGGUGGAACUGAAAUAUAUCUGUGAAUAUUUUAAAAAUUAUGCUGUUUUAAGUGCAUAUGUAAUAAAAUGGAAAUAUAAUAUGUGUUGUUAAUUGAGA